CCUCUGUGCGCCACCGUCAGCUGUGCGCACUCUUUGCGCCAUGGCCAGCUGUGGCGGUGAACCAUCUGCGACCACAAACUGUCGCCUUCAAAUGGAUUAUGAGUCGAAGAUCUUCCCUCACACCGGCGCUUACGGACGCUACAACCGGAUCGUGGUGGUGUUCAGUUGGUUUCCUAAUUUUGCGGUCAUGCUGAACCUAUUUAGCGACGUGUUCUUCACUCUGCUCCCGGACUCGUACCACUGUAAACCGGACCCGCAGCUGCUGCCCUCCGCCUUUCUCCUCAGUAACUUCUCCAAACAGGGGUACCUCAACCUCACCAUCCCCUGGCUCAAAGGCACCGGCCUGAGCCACUGUGAACUCUACAAAUACCCACCUAACUCCUCGGACUUCUCUGAAAAUGUGCCCAGGGAGACUGUGUCCUGUACCCAAGGGUGGGAUUACACCCAUUUAGCAGGACUACAGAGUAACUUUGUAACUGAGUGGAACCUUGUUUGCAGCAACUACUGGAAAAUCCCUCUGCAGCACAUCUGCUUCAUGACAGGAUGGAUUCUGGGAUACAUCUUCCUCGGUACGCUAUGCGACUGGUGGGGUCGUCGGCGGGUCUUCCUGCUGUCCCUCUGUCUGUCCAGUCUGUUCGGAGUCGCCGUGUGUCUGUCCAACAGCGCCGUGGUGUUCCUGUUACUGCGACUCUCUCAAGGCGCCAUGCUCGCUGGAGUGUUUGUGUCAUCUUAUAUUGCCAGGCUGGAGCUCUGUGACCCUCCUCAUCGGCUCAUGGUUGCUAUGAUCAGCGGUUUCUUCGCUGUGUUCGCUGAGCUGCUGUUGCCGGGCGUUGCGGUUCUGUGUCGUGAUUGGCCCAUUCUUCAGGCUGUGGCCACUUUGCCUCUGAUCCUGCUGCUUUCCUAUUGGUGCUGUGCGUCAGUGUUUCCUGAGUCUCCUCGUUGGCUUCUGGCCACGUCUCAGAUCUCUCGGGUGAAGAAGAGCUUCCAGGAUUUCUCCGUCAGGAAUGGCGUGUGUCUGCGCGAUGAAAUCUAUCCUGGUGAAACCCUGCUGUCAGAGAUAGACUCGGCGUACGGUGACGACUGCCAGCCCAGGUACUUCUCAGUGUUGGAGCUGCGUCGUACUCAUGUCAUCUGGAAGAACUGCCUCAUCCUCAGCUUCACUCUGUUUAUUGGAACAGGUAUCCAGUACUGUUUCACCCGAAACCUGCACACUUACUCCACCAACUUUUACUUCGGCUACUUUAUCCGAGUUCUAACGGGAGCCCUGGCCUGCAUCUUCAUCUGUCUGUCUGUCAAUCACUUUGGACGGCGUGGUAUGCUCCUGCUCUCUGCUAUCAUCACUGGACUGUCAUCGCUGCUGCUGCUGGCCCUCACUCCAUAUCUCCGUGGAGGCCUGGUGUUGGUGCUUUCUGUGGUGGGGUUGCUCUUCUCUCAGGCUCUCGCCAUGCUCAGCGCGUUCUUCGCCAGCGAGGUCAUGCCAACUGUAGUCAGGGGGGGCUGCCUGGGUCUGGUGAUGGCGGCCGGGUGUGUCGGAAUGGCUGCCUCCUCCCUGAUGGAGCUGCAGAACAACAGCGGAUACUUCCUCCACCACGUCAUCUUCGCCUCCUUCGCCGUCCUCUCCGUGCUCUGCAUCAUGCUCCUGCCCGAAAGCAAACGCAAACCCCUCCCCGAUUCACUAAAAGAGGGGGAAAGCCAGCGUCGACCGCCCCUUUUCCUGUCCCAGACUGACAGGGACAGCUUACCGUUACUGCGCACCCGGCAGCCUUUAUCUGAGUACAACCCGGACAACUACUCCCGCCUGGUUUCUGCCACCAGGAGGAUAUUGACUAAGGAGAAUCUGCCGUAUAGGAUCGCUGUACCGAGUCAUUCCCCUCUUCUGUCAGACAGUGACACACAAGGACAAGACAAUGAGACAGUGAGAGAGGUGUUAUCUUAGCUCAGACCCUCCUCAUCCUCUUCAUCACAGACUUCUUCCUCUGAACAGACCACCUACCAUCUCUGCUCGGAUGCAGCGCACUUUAGAGUGAUGGCUCCAACACCACAAGUUUGAGCAAUAUGACUUUCUUCACUUACACUUGAAACUGUUACAAUGCUGUGGUAUUUUCAUCGUUUUAGUUUUUGUAUUCAGAUGAUGCGUGCAAAAAACAGUGGCUGUUUUCUGUUACAUAAUGCCUCUGAACUGUAACACUGCACAUACACUACCAGUCAAAAGUUUGGACUCACCUGGUUUUUCUUUAUUUUCAUGACUAUUUACAUUGUAGAUUCUCAGUGAAGGCAUCAAAACUAUGAAUGAACACAAACGGAAU